AUGACUACAGUAGUAGCCUCCUCCCGAGCCGUCGUCUCGGGCCGCCUGACACCAGCCACCAUCGUAAUCUGCCACUCGACCGGCAAAAUCAUACAGGUCCACGACAGCAUUAGACCCGCCUCCGACUUCCCAGAUUGCGAGUCUUACAAGGACUAUUCACCCUUGGUGUUGUUACCCGGUCUCGUUGAUGCACAUGUCCAUCUCAACGAGCCCGGGAGAAUGGAAUGGGAAGGUUUCUAUACGGGGACGCAGGCAGCUGCGUUUGGCGGCGUGACCACCGUUGUCGAUAUGCCGUUGAAUGCUAUUCCGCCGACGACGACGGUGGCAGGGUUCAAGGAGAAGAUUCACGCAGCACAGAAUAAGUGUUGGGUUGAUGUGGGAUUUUAUGGCGGUGUGAUCCCUGGGAAUGCGGAUGAGCUCAAGCCGCUUGUUGAGAUGGGUGUGCGUGGCUUCAAGGGGUUUCUCAUCGACAGUGGUGUACAGGAAUUCCCUGCUGUGUCUGCACCCGACAUUGAACUAGCUAUGAAAACACUCGCAGACCAGCCAACGACGCUGAUGUUUCACGCCGAAAUGCUUCCCCCAAUCACAGACUCAGUCGGUGACGAUGUGCAAACUUCAAUGCCACCGCUUGCUCCCGCGGGUCCUCUGCAAAGUUACUCGACAUUCCUGGCCUCUCGACCCGCAUCAUUCGAGACAUAUGCAAUUGCAGAAAUCAUCCAACUCGCCUCCGCAGCACCAAAUCUGCCGCUGCACAUCGUGCACUUGUCGGCCAUAGAGGCAAUCCCGCUGCUACGCGAGGCGCGCGCCAAUGGAGUGCAAAUCACUGCAGAGACAUGCUUCCAUUAUUUGUCCCUGGCGGCUGAAGAGAUUGCCGAAGGCGAUACCCGACACAAAUGCUGCCCUCCUAUCCGCUCACGACUGAAUCAAGACGGACUCUGGGCUGAGCUGGAACGCUAUGCCGACGACGGCGUUAUCAAGACUGUCGUCUCGGACCAUUCGCCGUGUACACCAGACCUCAAACUCCUCCCUGCACACAUCAUGCAACCUCAACCAAUCGAUAGCGCCGGGUCAAGCGACUCCUCAGCCGUUGCAACCCCGCACAACUCAUCCUCAAACAGCAGCGUGAGCGACUACUUUGAAGAAACAAAAGAACACGAAAUCGCCGACGGCAACUUCUUUUCUGCCUGGGGCGGUAUAUCCUCCGUCGGUUUGGGGCUGCCCAUUCUCUGGACUGAAAUCUCCCGGCGCAAGAAACUCGGCGCUGCGGGAGGCACAAAGACAAUCAACCAGGACCUGCAAGAUAUCGCACGCUGGUGUAGCACAAACACCGCCGCGCAAGUCGGGCUGUCGUCACAAAAGGGUGACCUGGCUGUCGGCUUUGAUGCUGACAUCUGCAUCUUUGACGAUUCGGCGGAGUGGGUUGUUGAGCCGAGUACGAUGUUGUUUCGAAACAAGUGUUCGCCAUACCAGGGACGCACAUUGAAAGGAAUGGUUCGCGAGACGUGGCUGCGUGGACAACAAGUGUAUUCGCGUAGUGAAGGGUUUAAUCGGGUGCCGGCAGGAAAGCUCUUGCUGGAGAAGAGGUCUCAGUAG